AUGACUUGUGUAUGUAGACAGUGGGAAAUAUCUGGUCUUCCAUGCAAGCAUGCUGUGGCUACAAUUUGUCACAGUAGGAUAAACAUAGAAGAUUUUGUCCACCCUUACUUUUCUAAGGCAACUUACUUGAGAGCCAAUAAUGGAAUGAUACAUCCCAUCUUAGACCAUAGCAUGUGGACACUCAUACCUGGGGACCCUGUACAACACCCACCUCUGAAAAGAUUUCCAAGAAGGCCAAGGACUUCAAGAAAGAGGGCUGCUCAUGAGCCAUCAGCUGGAACAAGUCAGAGCAAAAGGUCUAGUACCUUGAGAUGCAAAUGGUGCAUGCAAUUUGGACACAACAAAAGAACUUGCCAAAGAGGUCCAGUCAGGGGUGGAGCAUCUGCUGAUGGUAGGGGCAGUGGCACAUCCAGUGGUAGAGGCAGUGCCAAAACUACUGGUACAGGCAGUGACAGAUCUCUGAGUAGGGGCAGAGGCAGUGGCAGAUCUGUGAGUUGGGACAGAGGUAGAGACAAUUCAAGUGAGAGAGGUAGUUCAGCUGAGAGGGGAAAUGCAAGUGGUAAAGACAAUUCAAGUGGGAGGGACGGUUCAGCUGGGAGGGGAAAUACAACUACAAGAGGAAGUUCAACUAGGAAGGGGAGUUCAGGUGGGAGAGGCAAGGGCAAGGUCAAGUAUGCACAAGAUAUUCCAAGAGGGACCCCUCCAAUGCCUACUCAGUGUGUUACACAGGUCACAGAACAUCAUAUGACUUAG